UGAAGGAAAAGGAUUAGACUCUUGCUUCGUUGGAAUUGAAACUUAAAUAACUCAGUUUAAUAUUCCUUUGAAAUUACUUAACUUGUGACUUAGAGAGUACACAUAGAUACCCCCCGACCAUUACAUUAAACAAUUGUACGUCCCUGUUUAUAAAAUAUGUACGUUGUCAUUUACUAUAUAACAUUUUGUUCAAUCUUAAUAUCCAACUCAGCGAUCUCACACCCACAAUGAUAUACCUUUGCCACUCGAGAUAUACCGAUUACUUGAACGUUAUCAGUUUGCUACUAAUAUUCCCUGCUUUCUGUUCGUUAGCCAUAAGCGCGCGUCAAUUUGUUCACGCGCCUUGGUCUUUCCUGUAGCUCCCGGCUAUACGUCGCAUUGAUUCGUUUUCGCUUCUAUUUCCUCAGCAGUCAGUGUAAUUAACAACAUUGGAUUUGUCAAGAUGGUUACGGUUAUUGGCGAUUUUAAAGUAAGAUUUCCUCAAGUCCCCGAUCAAGGGAACUUGGAUGAAGGUGGUCUUAUUUGCGCCUUUUGACGUUAUAUGAGAUUUUCUUAUUUCACAAGAUCUUUACUAAGCAAAUCCUUAAGACACGACCUUAAGAUUAAUCUUCAGUCGCAGUUAUGAAAUCAAAAGACAUCUGAAGACUGUUCUUGAGACGAUCUCAAGUAUAAGACUGGGCUAUGAAUAUCAUCCAUAUUUUUAUAUGAAGCAGGUCAUAUGGGAUGCAAUUUUGAGCGUGAGAAACCUAUCGUUGUAUAGGACAUAGUAGCAAAGUUCCUUUUGUCAAAUAUAAUAUGUGGAAGACAAAGAUAUUGUAAAAACAAAAGUACCUUUUCGUGUCUUUCGCGUAAUUGUUAUAGUUAAAGUAUCUUCAACUAAUUACUUUUUGACAUAAAUAGGUUAGUAUCUUUUUGUAGGGGACGUUGGUACGAAUCAAUUACUUUAUUUAAAUCUAUAUGAUUCAAUAAAAAAAACGUAUUUUGUCAUCAUAUGAUUUGCACAUGGCCAUAUACAGAGAAAAUUAUUAUACCAGAUUAUGUUUCCUUUGAAACUAUUCAUUUCUUGCCUUAAACAUUUUUUCAUACAGUGGGUAGUGUUUCAGUAAUUUGCAUAUAUUUCUUGAAAUCAAACACCCUAUAUAUAUUUUAAUGUUGGAAGUAUAGCUAGAAAGAAAAAUAUCUGUUCCUUAUACUUUUUAUUUCGUAUUUUCCAUUUAUUUCUUAUUUUCUAUCAAAUAUUAUUAUAUAUAUGUCGGGUUCUUAUUAUGAUUAGCGUUAGGGUCGUGUAACGAAUCUUCGCCUGGGUUGUUCAUCGUUGUUGUACAAUCGAGAUAGCGUUUAUUAUCACAGACAUAGAUAGUACAAGAUUGACAAGUGGCUGCGGUAACUAGACGCUAAUGACAAUGACCUUAGGUUCGAUAUGACGAAUCCACGGUCCACGAGCUAACUCUUUGUUAAACUGAGAAUAUAUUUUGAAGCACAAAGUAACAUUCGCUGUGACGCUCGGUAUAUACUGCACGUAAAGACGAUGUGUAAUUCUCCAAGGGCAUUCUCUAGGGCAUAAGAUUUUCACACUGCGCUUCUCUCUUUUCUCUCAACGGAGUCCUAGGCCAUCGUACAACGCUCGCAUACAUACUAUGAAGGGGAUACAUACUUGUGUGUGGUUGUGCUAUACGUUCCUUCACUCUCGCACGUACAAUACAAAUGUACCAUAUGUGGCUCUUAGUUUGAAAAACCUGUCUACGAAGUAGGAAAGGUGAUAAAUGAUGAAAUUUUGUCAACACUGGUAACGAGUCAACAGUUCAGUACUUUCCUCGGAAUCUUGAGGGAGAAAAAUUACCUAGAGAAAAUAAUAACAAAUUUGUUAAGUUUAUUAAUAUAUUCACAUAGUAGACCGUAGACGAUACAUUUUAUGUCUCAUGAGACAUGCGACAUGCCGCGAGACCAAGCAUAGAUUUUCAAAUUUUAUAGUUGGACAUAGAUACACAACUGUCUUGUAACUAUACUAUUAUUAUCAGUACCAGAAAUGCGUUCGGUUGCCGUCGAUCGUUUGGUAGCCGACAUAUUAUCUUUGAAGAGAACGCUUUGCAUAUAAGAAAUGAACAUCUUUUUGCCCAUUAGCAGUUGGUAGAUAAUGGUAUUAUAUCAUGAGACGUAAUUUGAUAUGCCAGUUCUGUUAGAUGGGAACACUAUCUGCUUCGCAUGUAUAUACAAGUUUCCGGUGAACCAAAAUAAGAAGAGAAACCUUUGUUUGAGUUAAUGAAUUAAAAACUAUUUGAAAGUGAUCUGUGGAACAGUAUAAUUCAGAGAGAUGAGGACGGAAGUUACAGAGUCACAACCUUUCAAAAACUUAAAAGAAUUAUUCGAUAACGUGGGUAACUUGAAACCAUGGCCAGAAAUUGGAGAACUACGAGAUUCAACUGAUUAUGUGUACAGUGGUUUAGAAAUAAGCGCAGGAAGAACGCGGUUAGAAAAAUUGGAUAGAGAAGUACAUCCGAAAACGUUGCUCUGUCAUGAUAUGAAAGGUGGCUACCUAGAAGACAGAUUUAUAUAUGGAUCAGAAUCUUAUGAUUCUUACCUAUUUUAUCACUGGAGUGUUAUUGACACUUUUGUGUAUUUUAGUCAUCAUUUCAUAACUGUGCCCCCUUUUGGAUGGAUUAAUGCAGCACAUAAUCAUGGUGUAAAAGUUCUUGGUACUGUAAUUACGGAAAGAGAAGGUAUCUGGGAUGUUAUACUUGAAUCUCAUGAAGAAGUAAGAAGAUUUGCAGAUGCACUAAUACUUGUUGCAAAAUUUUAUAAGUUUGAUGGCUGGUUAUUAAAUAUUGAAAAUACCAUUAAAAGUGAGCAAGUUAAUAAUUUAAUUUAUUUUGUAAAAUAUCUAACAGAAAAUAUUCAUGAAGCAAUUAGAAAUUCUGAAAUUAUAUGGUACGAUAGCGUAAUCAAUGAAGGAAAAUUAAAUUGGCAAAAUGAGCUUAACAGUAAAAACAUAGAUUUCUUUUUAAACUGCGAUGCCAUUUACUUGAAUUAUAACUGGACGAAAUCAAAAUUGAAAAACAGUUUGGCACUAGCAAAAACUCACAGUCGAGAUAUUCAUGAUAUAUAUGUAGGAGUUGAUGUUUGAGGUAGAGGUUGUUCUGGCGGUGGUGGAUUUAAUUCAUCAUAUGCUUUACAAAGAAUACGACACGAAGGACUUUCUGUUGCACUUUUUGGUCCAGGUUGGACUCACGAAUUUUUCGGAUCUAAGACAUUCCAAGAAGUAGAAGAUCUAUUUUGGGCACAGUUGUUUCCUUAUUUAUAUGUUCAUGUACCUAUCUACGAAGAAGAAGUAUUUAAAACAUCAUUUUGCCGUGGCAGUGGUAGCAUGUAUUAUCGCUGUGGUCAGGUAUGUCAAAUUUUGACAAACACAUUAUUUUUAACAAACUGAAUUUAUCGUAAAAGAUAUAACUUAAAAAACACGAAAUUGGCACCCUGCUGAGGGUAGCCAC